AUGUGCAAAACAUAUUUUAAAUCUCCAAAUCUGAAGGCAAGAAUUGUUGAAUUGGAGUCGGCAUUGGGAGAUGAGCGAAAGAAGUCGGAAGAGUUGCAGUUCUCGGUAGACGAGGCACAGUUUUGUGGCGAUGAAAUGAAUGCCCAGUCCCAGGUCUACAAGGAAAAGAUCCACGAUCUGGAGUCAAAAAUCACACAAUUGGUUUCUGCUACGCCCAGUCUGCAAAGUAUUCCACCACCGGCCCCGCCUCCAGAUGAUAGCGCUUUCAAGGAGGAGAUUGCUAAACUGCAGGAGAAGUUGAACGUUCAGCAGAAGGAGACUGAAUCUCGAAUUGCCGAAACGCUCGAGGAGGAACAGCGAUUGAGGGAAAAUGUUAAGUACCUGGAAGAACAAAAUGCCACUCUUCAGUCCGAAUUGGUUGCAAAAGAUGAGUCCCUUGAGAAGUUCUCCCUCUCGGAGUGUGGAAUCGAAAAUCUACGCAGGGAACUUGCACUGCUCAAGGAGGAAAACGAAAAGCAAGCUGAGGAGGCACAGACUGAUUUCGCUCGAAAACUUUCUGAAAAAUCCAGUCAGCUGGAAAAAGUCACCGCCGAAUUGCAGAGCUUGAAAGCAGCCUCCGAUUCUCUGGAAAGCGAAAGGGUUAACAAAACCGAUGAAUGCGAGAUUCUUCAAACCGAAGUGCGAAUUCGGGAUGAGCAAAUCAAGGAGCUAAGUCAACAACUCGAUGAGCUAACCACCCAAUUAAAUGUACAAAAAGCGGAUAGUUCGGCUCUGGAUGAUAUGCUUCGAAUGCAACAGGCGGGAAGUGAAGAAAAAUCGACUCUCUUAGAGAAAACCGCUAAGGAGCUAAGUCAAUUUAAAGAAGAGGCUUUGAAAAAUCAACAGGAAAAAGAGCAUCUUGAAAAGCAAUUAACUGAAUUAAAGCAAUUAGCGGAACAAGAAAAACUAGUCAGGGAAAAGGCUGAAACUGAAAUUAAUGAAAUAAAAUUAGAGAAAGUAACCAUAGAGCAGCAAUUGGCUUCGAAGCAUACUGAGCUUGAGGACUUCCAAAAGAAAUUGUCUGAAACAGAGGCUCAUCUUCAAGAAAACAAAGAUCUAAGUACUCAAAAAGAUCUUAAAUUAGUUGAAUCUGGGGACUCCCUUAAGCAAUUGCAGCUUCAGUUAGAUGAGAAAACCGAAGCCCAGGAAAAACUCUUGGCCGACGUGGAAGAACUGAAGAAAAAUCAGGAGACGGCUCUAAGCCAGAAGGAUCAGGAACUACAGCAGCUCCAAGCGAAGUCAGUUGAGUACGAAGAAGCUCUGAAAUCCACUCAACAGCAAUUGGAGCAACUUCAACAACAGUCAGCCGCAUCUGGAGAAGAGGGAUCCAAGAAUUUGGCCAAAUUGCAGGAAGAAAUUAGUCAGCUUAAAGCCCACGCUGAGAAAACGGAGUCAGAAUUAAAGUCUUGCCAAACGGAUGUGGAAGCCAAGACAAAACAAUUGGAGUCAGCUAAUGGAAAUCUGGAGAAGGAAGCCAAGAAGUUGGCCAAUCUGCAGGAACAGAUCACCAAACUUAAAUCCGAUGUGGAGGAGACCCAGGCAGCUCUCACCUCAAGUCAUACGGAUGUGGAAUCCAAAACUAAGCAGCUUGAGGCCGCCAAUGCGGCUCUGGAAAAAGUCAAUAAGGACUAUGCUGAAUCCCGAGCGGAAGCUUCCCAUCUGCAAGAUCAGGUGAAGGAGAUCACCGAUACCCUACAUGCUGAGCUCCUGGCUGAACGCUCCUCCUCCAGCGACCUUCAUACCAAACUCUCCAAGUUUUCGGAUGAAUUAGCCACGGGACAAAAGGAACUGACCAGCAAAGCCGAUGCCUGGAGCCAGGAGAUGCUGCAGAAGGAGAAGGAACUGCAAGAGCUACGACAGCAGCUUCAAGAUAGCCAAGACUCCCAAACAAAGCUGAAAGCGGAGGGAGAAAGGAAAGAGAAAUCUUUGGAGGAAUCUAUUAAGAAAAUGCAGGAAGAAAUCAACAAGGCCAAGGCGGAAAAUCAAGAGCUAAGCACUGGCACGCAGGAGACCAUAAAGGACCUUCAGGAGCGUCUGGAAAUCACUAAUGCCGAGAUCCAACACAAGGAAAAAAUGGCCACCGAAGAUGCCCAGAAAAUAGCUGAUCUUAAAACUCUUGUCGAGGCCAUCCAGGUUGCUAAUGCCAACAUAUCAGCAACCAAUGCAGAACUUUCCACCGUCUUGGAAGUCCUUCAAGCUGAAAAGAGCGAAACGAAUCACAUAUUCGAGCUUUUCGAAAUGGAGGCAGAUAUGAAUUCAGAGCGGUUAAUUGAAAAACUUACUGGCAUGAAGGAGGAGCUGAAGGAAACCCAUCUUCAACUGGAUGAGCAGCAACAGAAGUUGAAGGACCUGGAGUUGAAGUUGGAUCAAUCGCAGCAGAGUGAACAGAAUCUGCAGCAGGAGUCCUUGCUUUCCAAGGAACAACUAAAGGAACUACAGCAGUCAGUCUCAGAACUUCAAGAUUCUCUUAAACAAAAAGAAGAACUUGUUCUAAGUCUAGAAGGCCAGCUUAAGCAAACCAGUAGCAUUAUAGAAGGUCAAAAGACUUCCUCCCAGGAAGUACAACUAAAGCUAGAAGAAGCUCAAAAGAAUGAAAAGGAUUUGCAAGAAGAAGGUGCCAAAUUAGUUGAGCAACUACAGGAUCUGCAAAAGACCCAGUCGGAACUCUCCGAGUCCCUCAAGAAAAAAGAUGAACUUGUACAGAAUUUAGAGGAUAAACUCAAAGAAAGCAAUACUCACUUAGAAACCCAAAAUUGUUCGACCAAGGAAACCCAAGUUAAACUAGAGGAGGCGCUAGAAAGAGAGAAAGUCUUGCAGGAAGGGGCUGCUAAAUUAUCCGGUGAACUGCAGCAAGUGCAACAGGCCAAUGGAGAAGUAAAGGAUUCUCUGGUAAAAGUAGAAGGACUCGUGAAGGUUUUCGAGGAAAAACUGCAAGCAGCUAACUCCCAGUUGGAAGCCCAACAGGCCACAAACAAAGAACUGCAGGAGUUGCUGGUAAAAUCACAGGAGAACGAGGGUAGCCUACAAGGAGAAUCUCUGGCCAUCACCGAGAAACUACGCCAACUGGAACAGGCCAAUGGGGAUCUUCAGGAGUCAUUGUCCAAAAAAGAAAAAAGCCUUAAAGACCUGCAAGACAAAUUACAAGAAAGUAAUUCUCUAUUGGAAGUUCAAAACAGAAGCCACAACGAACUCCAGGAUAAGUUGGAAAAAACCCAGCAAAAGGAAAGGAAGCUACAAGAAGAAACCUCCCAGUUAGCUGAGCAACUGAGCCAACUAAAGCAGGCCAAUGAGGAGCUCAAAAAAUCCCUCCAGCAAAAGCAAUCACUUUUGGAAAAAGGCAACGAAUUCGACACUCAGCUGGCGGAGUAUCAGAAAGUCAUCGACGAAAUGGAUGAUUCGGCCUCCGUUAAGUCCAAGCUGCUGGAACAGCUACAAAAUAGAGUUGCGGAACUGGAGGCCGCUCUCCAUCAAGCCAACGAAGCCCAAAAGACUGCUAAUCAGGAGACCAAGGAACUGAGGCGCCAGCUGGAAUCGCUGGAAUUGGAGAAGUCCAGGGAGAUUUUGACCCUCAAGUCUCAGAUGAAUGGAGCAGGGAGCCGGUCAGGAAAGGGUGAUGAACUGGAGUCGCUUGACACCGAGACAAGUCUUGCCAAGAUCAACUUCCUUAACUCAAUUAUUGCCGACAUGCAGCAGAAGAAUGAUGCACUUAAGGCUAAAGUCCAGACCCUCGAAACCUUGCCAAUGGAUUUCACCAAACCCCAUGCCUUCGAUGUGCUGACCAAGCGGAAACCGGCGCCCAGACUUUUCUGCGACAUCUGCGAUGAGUUUGAUCAGCACGAGACGGAAGACUGUCCCAUCCAGGCUAGUGAGGAUCGGGACUACUCCCCGCCGCCAUCCGAGGCCAAUAACAACGAGAAGGAACGCAAGCUACCUGCACCCAGGAAAUACUGCGAUUCCUGCGAGGUCUUUGGCCACGAUACGAGCGAAUGUGCCGACGAUGAAACCUUUUAG